AUGCUCCAUCUUUAUGCACUAUUCGGGCUCUUUUUGGGAGCCGUGAGCUCGAAUAAAGUGGAGCAAGUGCAUUUGAGCUUGAGCGGAAAAAUCGACGAGAUGGUGGUCACCUGGCUCACUCAGGGACCGCGUAAGUUGACAGUCUACUUUACAAAACCUCUCCUAAACCAUUUUAGUACCAAAUGUGACGCCUUACGUCACUUACGGACUGUCCAAAGAUGCACUGCGUUGGACCGCCAAAGCCACAACGACUUCUUGGAAGGAUCAGGGAACGCAUGGAUAUGUACGGUAUACGCACAGGGCGGUCAUGUCGAAAAUGGUGCCUGGAGAUGUAUAUUGUCAGUUUGAGGCGGCAUAUUUAUUUUGGUGCGCCCCUUACCCCGAUACUUGCAGACUAUCAAGUUGGCAGUUCGCAGGCCAUCUCGGACACCUUCCACUUCCGUCAGCCGGAUCCGUCGCAGCCACUGAGAGCCGCCAUCUUUGGAGAUUUGAGUGUGUACAAAGGACAACCCACGAUAAACCAGUUGAUCGAUGCAACGAAAAACGACCACUUCGACGUGAUCAUUCACAUCGGCGACUUGGCCUACGACCUGCACGAUAGUGAGGGCAACCAUGGGGAUGAUUAUAUGAACGAUAUACAGGCUUUUGCGGCCUACGUACCUUAUAUGGUAAGUGGUAAAUAUAGGAAUAGUAACCUAUAUAUUAAAGGUAUAAUAGUUAGUUAUCUUAGGGUUCCCUUUGAAACUUCACAACCUUUGCCAGUUCAGGUAUUCGCUGGAAACCACGAGUCCAACUCUCACUUUAAUCACAUCACAAACCGCUUCACGAUGCCCAAGAACGGAGUGUACGACAAUAACCUCUUCUGGAGUUUCGACUACGGUCUCGUGCAUUUUGUCGCGCUCAACUCGGAGUAUUACGCCGAAUUAAUGGUCAAACAGACGGAGGAGCAGUACAAAUGGCUGGAAGCGGACCUGGCGAACAACAAAGCCACGUGGACUAUUGUGAUGUUCCAUCGGCCGUGGUACUGCUCGACGUCCGGCAAAGAGGGAUGUCACGACUACUUGGACAUGCUGUCGCGGAAGGGAAAUACGGCGAUGCCGGGUCUCGAGAAGAUAUUGUACGAUCACAAAGUGGAUCUGAUAUUGUACGGCCAUAAGCACACUUACGAGCGCAUGUGGCCGAUUUACGAUGGAACUGCGUACAAGUCGAGCGAUUCGGGACACGUCAAGAAUGCCAAGGCUCCGGUUUAUAUGUUGACUGGAGGAGCGGUACGUACUUUUAACCUCAACGUUCGUGUCCCUGACUAUCGCUCAUUUAAGGGUUGCCACACACACGAAGGACCAUCCGACAGCAUCGCCCAAUCGUUUUCGGUCACCCGGUUGGGUCAGUACGGUUACACUCGUCUCAAGGUGUACAAUAGCACGCAUUUGAGCACGUACUUUGUGGACACCUCGGAUAAAGUCGGCACCUUUAUGGAUCGAUUCUAUUUGGAGAAAGAUUGA